AUGCCCGAGUUACAUGAGAAACAAGUAAACAAUUGGUGUUCAAUACCUGUAUGUCCGAAGGAUUUCAAUCUGUUUGCUACCUUAAAUAGCGGUCAGGCUUUCCGUUGGAUUUCUAAGCCGACGGAUAAUGAAUGGCAUGGUGUUAUAAAUGGUAAACUAUGGAGACUACGUCAAAUUGACAGUUCCAAGCCUGUAGAAUACUAUACCUUGGAUAAACCUACAAAUACACGUUCAGAUUUAACAGAUAUACCAUCAGACUUAUUCGAUUAUUUUAGACUUGGAAUAAACUUAUCAGAUCUAAUUAAGGAAUGGUGCAUACGGGAUGAAUGGUUCACUAGUCGUUUUUCAGAUGCCUCCAGUACAGAUACAGCUCGUGGUUUACGCUUAAUGAGACAAGAUCCAGUAGAGACGUUAUUUGCUUUCAUUACGUCAGCUAAUAACAAUUUAACACGUAUUACAAAGCUACUUUAUAAACUAUGCAGUUUGUACGGUGAUCCCCUGUAUCUUGAUGAUGAUGGUGAUGGUAAUGUGGGCAAUUGGACAUUUCCAUCACUUGAAGUACUUGCACAACCGAAGAUGAUUAGCGAAUUGCAAAAUAUUGGCUUCGGUUAUCGAUCGAAAUUUAUUGUACAAGCUGCUGAUUGGUUGUUAAAGAAUGGAGGCAAAUCUCGAUUAUAUGAACUGCGUACAAUUCCUCAUUCUGAAGCUCAGGCAUUUCUUACUCAAAUACCUGGAAUUGGAAAGAAGGUUGCAGAUUGUAUAUGCCUUACAUCCUUAGAUAAACUGAAUGUUGUCCCUAUCGAUGUGCAUAUGCAUCGUGCUGCAUAUGAAAGAAAAAUUCCUGAAGCAUCUCGUAAGAAUGUAACUACAAAGUCUUAUAAUGUCAUCUCUAAAUCGCUUAGUAAUAUUUGGGGAGAAUAUGCUGGAUGGGCACAAACUAUUCACUUCUAUACACGUAUGAUGGAUUCCAAACCAAAUAAAAAAUUUAAAGAUAUGAUGCACCAUGUCACUUCAACAGAUUUAUCAGAAUAAAUGGAUGAAAUUUAACAACUAACUCUAUUCACAAAUUUUCUGUCAAUUUUAUAUUUUUUCUUAAUAAAUCCAUCCAUAAGGACAAACAGUCAGUGAAAAGUCUCUUUUCGGGGAAUUCAUUCAGUUAGCUAUAGAAUUGCUAUUAUAUAUAAUUAACUUUUGUGUGCAUGUACACCAGAUUUGUCAGACAAUAAGAAAAAUCAUCAAAAUAUUUCAAAAAAUGUGAUGAAUAGUCAAACUGUAACUAGGAUUAGUAAGUCGUGACUAGGGUUAUAUAAUAUUGUGGUGAGAGCAGGCUGCUAGCCAAUUGGUCGACAUUAAUCUACGUCAAUGUCUAGGUCACUAAUAUGGGCCGUGAGAAAAUGUGAACAAGGCUGAUUCGACAAC